UUCUUUUCACAGUGGUGAAGACAAGAAUUGAGGGAUGAGUUAUUAGGGUUUUGCACUUUUUUCACUUUUCAGUGAUGAAAUCAUUAAGUUUAGCUUUUGGGUUAUUCAAAAUGAAGAAAUGGUAUGGUGGAGUGUUGAUUGUAGUUCUUGCCAUAGUCUUGGUUUUCAGUUAUAGCCUUAGAGAAACCCAACCUAGCCUUGGAGAAAACCCACCAAGCUCUACGGAAACUCGAACGAAGAAGCAAUCGGCCUACGAGUUCUUCAAUAACCAUCCGGCCGAAGAUGCUGGUGGGAAGGGGAAUGAUUCCCCUGAACCUCCCAAGGUGGAAGCUAGGAACCCAAUCUUGAUAAAGAAACCCAAACUUGUCAAUGUUGAAGGGCUCAAUGAUUUGUAUGUUCUGAGUAAUGUUUCUCAACAGGAGUCGAAGGUCUUGCUUUUGUGGCCUCAUAUGCGGUCUCUGUUGUCGAGGUCUGAUGCUUUACCCGAAACUGCUCAGGGGAUUAAAGAGGCUGCUAUGGCAUGGAAAGAAUUACUCGCCUUUAUUGAGGAAGAGAAAACUACCAAGCUUAGUCAUAACAUCGGACCGAAAGAGCUAAAUUGCCCUUUCUCCGUAAGCAGCCUCAACAAUGCAUUGUUCAGUGGUGGAAAUAUACUCGAACUGCCUUGUGGUCUAGUUGAGGAUUCAUCCAUCACAUUGAUUGGUAUCCCUAAUGGGAGCUAUCGGAGCUUUGAAAUCGAUCUUGUGGGAUUGAACUUGUCAGAGGAUCCGAAACCUCCUAUUCUAUUGCAUUACAAUGUUAGUGUUGCCAGAGAUAAUAUGACGGAAGAACCAUUUAUAGCUCAAAAUACAUGGAAUAAUGAAAUCGGCUGGGGAAAAGUGGAAAGGUGUCCUGCUCAUCCAUAUUCCAAUAACAUAAAAGUUGAUGGACUUGGCCUUUGCAAUGAACAACUCGUUAGAAGCACUAUGGAAGAAAAUCAGAAUGUAAGUCUUUCUAGUGGUGAUGCCUUGACAAAUGCUUCCCAGGGAAGCAGUCAUUCGAGUGCUAAUUUCCCAUUUGUUGAAGGGAAUCCAUUCACGGCAACGUUAUGGAUUGGUUCAGAGGGGUUCCAUAUGACUGUAAAUGGAAGGCACGAAACAUCGUUUGCUUACAGGGAGAAACUUGAACCAUGGUCAGCUAGCGGAGUCAAAGUUGCUGGUGGCUUGAAUCUCUUAUCUGUAUUCGCCAAAGGCUUGCCCGUUCCUGAAGAUCAUGAUCUAAUAGUCAAUUCCAAGCUACUUAAAGCUCCUGCAAUUACUAGGAAAAGACUUCAAAUGUUGGUUGGGGUCUUCUCCACUGGAAACAAUUUCGAGCGCCGUAUGGCAUUGAGAAGAUCUUGGAUGCAAUUUGAGGCUGUACGCUCUGGGGAUGUAGCAGUCCGGUUCUUUAUUGGCCUUAAUAAGAACUUACAAGUCAACUUCGAGCUGUGGAAAGAAGCUCAAGCAUAUGGAGACAUCCAAUUUAUGCCCUUUGUUGAUUACUAUAGCCUGAUCAGUUUGAAAACUAUUGCAAUUUGCAUUAUGGGGACUAAGAUCCUCCCUGCAAAAUAUAUCAUGAAAACAGAUGAUGAUGCCUUUGUCAGGAUUGAUGAAGUUCUCUCCAGCCUCAAGGAAAGGCCAUCCAAUGGCCUGUUAUAUGGCCUUAUAGAGUUCGAAUCAUCUCCUCAUAGGGAAAAAGACAGCAAAUGGUAUAUCAGUGACGAGGAAUGGCCACAUUCUUCGUAUCCGCCAUGGGCCCAUGGUCCGGGUUAUAUCAUCUCUCGAGACAUUGCAAAGUUCAUCGUCCAAAAGCACCAAGAAAGAGAACUCAAGCUUUUCAAACUAGAAGAUGUCGCAAUGGGUAUAUGGAUCGAAGAAUUCAAAGAAGGGGUCGAAGUGCACUACAUGACCGAUGAUAGAUUCUACAAUGCCGGUUGUGAAUCGAAUUACAUCCUGGCGCACUAUCAAGGCCCGAGGAUGGUGUUAUGCCUUUGGGAUAAGUUGCAGAAAGAGCACGAGGCCCACUGCUGCGAGGAACCAAGCAUUUAACCGUGCUCUUGAGGGAGUGAUGAUAUAUGCAGUUAUGUCACCAUGUCUUUACAAGAUUUCGAGCGACUCGAAUCUCGGUUUACUUGUGUAACACGAAACCUAUCUUGUGUAAUGUUAUUUGUUCAUUUGUUAAUUCUUUGGCAUACGUAGAAAUAGGAUCCGGGAAACUGUUUUUGUGCUUAUAG